GAGCGGGGCCGGAGGGGGCGGGGCGCAGGCCGCGGUUGUGUUCCGACGCUGCUGAGGCGCCGGCUUUUCGCUGGAGGGACGCGGCCUGCGGGGCCCGCGCCUCCCGCGCUCCGCCGGUCCAGCCGUGGCCACGGCCGCUCGGCCGCCCUCAGAGUCCUGAAGACUCCCUGGAAAUGGAUCACUCCUCUGUAAAGCGGAAAUCCAUCUGGAGGGUCAGCUCUGACCCAGCCGUGGCCCAGGCCUCCUGAAGCUUGCUGUUGUGCCCCCCAGAACCCCUCGGUACCGACACAGGCCCCUGACCAUGGUCACACUCAUUACUGAGAAGCUGCAGAACCAGAGCCUGGAUGACCUUGCCCACAAGAGCUAUGAUGCCAGCCCGCGUUCUGCUGGGGCACUGAGCAACAGUGGUCAUUUGUUCCCUUUUGAGAGCAAUGAAGACAGGUGCCCCUGGAAGGUCUUAGGUGGCAGACAGCCCGUCGGGAGUCAGACGGUCACGGGCACACGGGGCCCCGACGCAGGCCUGGGGGCCGUGAGCGCCACAGACCUCAGGGAGAGCGCAGGGCCCCCUUUGGCCCCACCAACCAAGCGCCACUGCCGCUCGCUGUCAGAGCCGGAUGGGCUGGCCCGCUGCCGCUCCCCCUGGCGCCCCGGAGGCUCCAAGGUCUGGACGCCGGUGUCCAAGAGGCGGUGCCACAGCGGCGGGAGCGCCACCCCGCAGGAAAGCCUGGGGCCCGGCCCCACCUUGCCCCCUGGAACCCAGCUGCCCUGGGCCAGCAGCGGCCACACAGAUGGCUGUGAGAGCGGCCCGUGCCCCCCCUGGUGGCGCCGCCUGUCCCUGUCCCAGGAGCACCUGGCGGGACUGGGCACAGCCCUGGCGUCCACCAGCAGCAGCCGCUCGUCCACACCCGAGCUGGGCCGGCGGCUGGGCCUGCUGCGAUGUCGCUCACAGCCUUGUGUGCUAGUCGGGAGGAGAUGGCGGCGCCGGCGAGAGGAGCGCACUCGCUGGCCGCGCCCGUCCUUGGACUUUCUGAAAAUGACCCGGACUUUAAAAAAUUCAAAAAGCCUUUGCUCCCUUGAUUAUGAAGAUGAAGAGGAGGAUGACAGCCAGGGGAAGCUGGCCCCGUAUGACCCACAUGGCCUCAUGGGUGUCGUCACGCCUGGCUCCAGCCCAUGGAGCGUGCACCCCAGCCCCUGCUGCACUGGCCCUGGCCCCUGGGCCUCUUGGGAGCCCGUGGCCGCUGAGGGUGAGGGCGGCAGCGGUGGGGACCCCAGUGAUGGGGAUAGCGCGGGGGAGGAGGGCACCUUUCCUCCUGGCCGCGGCGAGCUGGACCUGGGGCAGAUCGAGAGCAACUGACCCCAGGUGGGCGGGGCAGGGGUCUGGGCUGGCAAUGGACAGAAGCUGGGCUACGCAGAACUUUGAACAAUAGGUUUAAUUUUUAUCUAGUCUUUCCUAAAGAAGUAUUUUGGAUUUUUAUGGCUGUUACAGUUCUGGAGAAAGCUGUUCUAUUUUGAAUGAGUUUUUGGAAGGGCGUUCUAUGAAAUGGGAGCUGCGGGCUGAUGGUAGAGUGGGCGGGUGUCCCUUUUCUGAAACCCCUGCCAUGCAGGGCACGGGGGGCCGUGGGUGCUGCCUGGCCCACCACGGCCAGUUUUCUGCCGGCUCUUCAGAGCUUGGACGGUGGUCUGAUUUCAAUAAAAGGAGUUUGUUUCCCCACGUU